AAGAAGAAUCAUCUAACCGGCAUGCAUUGUGUUUCUAUCGCGGGUGGCUGAUUGCACGUUGAAUUGGGUCGACAACGAGCUGGAUAAUUGAAGUUAUCUUUGAAUUUCAGGGCUAUUGGCAAACCCUUUGUUGAUUUAGCAGGUUAGAAUAUGGCCACGGCGGAGGUACGACUUAACCAUACCAUCUACAUCAACAACUUGAAUGAGAAAAUAAAGAAAGAUGAGUUGAAAAAGUCGCUGUACGCCAUCUUCUCACAGUUCGGGCAGAUUUUGGACAUCCUGGUCGCGCGAAACCUAAAGAUGAAGGGGCAGGCCUUUGUUAUCUUCAAAGAGGUCAACAGCGCGUCCAACGCUCUGAGGUCCAUGCAGGGAUUCCCUUUCUACGACAAACCCAUGCGUAUCCAGUAUGCCAAGCAGGACUCAGACAUCAUCGCUAAAAUGAAGGGGACUUAUGUGGAGCGUGACCGUAAAAAAGAGAAGAAGAAGCCCAAAGGACCCGAGGCAGCGGGGGCUAAGAAGGGGGUACCUGGAGCUGCUGCACCAAUGGUUGCUGGGGUACUUGCUGGCAUGCCUGGAAUGCCUCCCAUGAACCAGGCUCCACGCAUGAUGCACAUGCCAGGCCAGCCUCCUUACAUGCCCCCUCCUGGCAUGAUACCCCCUCCGGGAAUGGCAUCUGGUCAGUUGCCUCCUGGUGCCAUACCUCCUGGUCAUAUGAUUCCUGGACAAAUGCCUCAGCAGGUUGCAGAAAAUCCUCCCAAUCACAUCCUCUUCCUCACCAACCUGCCAGAGGAGACAAAUGAGCUCAUGCUGUCCAUGCUCUUCAACCAGUUCCCUGGGUUCAAGGAGGUGCGCCUGGUCCCUGGUCGCCACGACAUCGCCUUCGUGGAGUUUGAGAAUGAAGUUCAGUCCGGCGCUGCACGAGAUGCGCUACAGGGCUUUAAGAUCACACAAACGAACGCCAUGAAGAUCUCAUUCGCUAAGAAAUAACUCUUCGCUCUGGACUGGCCCUUUUUUAAAAAAAAAAA